AUGCCUGCGACGGAGAGGUCGGCUGGCCGCUCGGCGCCCUAUGGCCAAGCGUGUCUAAGCUGCUUCAAGACCAAGUGCAAGUGUAUCCCUCGCCCCGACGGCAAUGGAUGUGAAAGAUGCCACCGUCUAAAGCGCCCAUGCCAUUCCACCGAUGCGGUACGUCGUCGCGGCGAUAAAAAGCAAAGCCCGUCGGAGGCCCGAAUCGCAAAGCUUGAGGGCACACUCGGUCAGCUAGUCUCGCUGCUCCAGGCAGGCAGCGUCAAUAUGGAGAUCAUGGGCAACGUCGAUGACGACAGAGCGAAUGUAUGGUCGCAGCAGCAGCAACUGUCACCAGCGCAACAAAGUCACCAUCUACACCAACAAGCGCAGCGAAAAACUCAACAGCCACCUUGUCUCAUCUCCCAAAGCCAGGAUGUGGUCGUGGAAAGGACCGAAAGGAGCAGCACUACGGAGAAAUCGCGUGCCACUUCUAUUGAUGAAGACCACGAUGAUACCGAUGCCGACACCGUCAGUGCCUCUGCGUCUUGGUUGGGAGGGAACAAUACGAACGGGCUUGGAGCCGACGAGAUUUUUCUCACUACUCCCCCGUCCUCGACCGCGUCUGGUGCGUUGAUGUCACCUAUAUCUUCGUCAUCUGCAUCGACCUCUCUUGACACGUUCCGCUUGCGUAUGCUGCAUCACUUCCCUUUUGUGUAUUUGCCUACCCACCUCACAGCUGAACAGCUGCGGCUAGAUCGGCCAUUCUUGUUCCGCGCCAUCUUGUGCGUGACGUCGGCAUCAGAUGAGGACAAGAGGGCAAGUUCCCUCGAACUGAAGCGUGUGCUCUGCGAGACGGUAUUCCUUCAACGGUCGCUGCAGCCGGACAGGCAGGAGUCGCCACAGCGAACUGUCGAUCUGUUACUAGGUCUCCUUGUUUACGUUGCCUGGGGCUGGGAGCACUUACUCAGCCGUCGCAGUCUGUCUCGACUCAUGGCUGUUGCUAUAUCGUUGGUUGGGGAGUUGCAUGUUCAGAGCCAGGCGGUACCAGUGACAACGCGCAUAAUAAGCCAACUUGAACCAAAAAACGGCUCUGAAGAUAUGUACGGCAGCGCGACGGCAACUACGGCUAUGCCAAAAGCUGUUGAAGUGACUAACACACACUUGUACCUCGAGCGCCAGCGAGCCAUUUUAGGCUACUUUGUGCUUGGGUCAGCUGUUUCGGCCCAUUUCUCACAAAUUGAUGCGCCUAGGUGGAUACCUCAGAUGGACAAGAGCCUUGCGGCCAUUGUAGCGAACACCGAUAGCACGGGUGCGGAGUGUCCGUCUGAUGCGUCCCUGGCAAUUCAAGUCCGCCUGCAGCUGCUUGCCAUGAAGGCUGCCCAGGUCCGGGAGCGAGCCCAACUCCCUGACCAGCCCCCACCAGAAACCCUUUCACCCCAAGCUCUCUUGUACAUCAAGGCGCUGAUGGGGCAGCUGCAAGACCUUAGAGCGUCUAUUCCUCCGGCUUUCCAGCGGCACUUUGCACUCCUCGCCCAGACAUACUACACGGAAAUGUGUAUCAUCGAGACUAUUCACAUUCAGGACUCUGUCUGCUCGCCACCGCCGACGUGCGGGCCUACGCGCGUCUCCUGCUUUUGGCAGGCGGCGCUGGCGAUCAAGUCAUGUGUAUCAACCUUUCUUACUCUCUCACCGUCGGGGCUAGUUGGCGUUUCGUUCAUCCAGUGGGCCCAGCUGGCCAGGUGUGUGGCCACCCUGCAGCAACUUAGCACGGUCCAAGAGCCUGGCUGGGAUCCAGUCACCGUAAGCAAGCUCGUCGAUUUGCCCGUUUUGCUUUCCUGUACGGCGGACAAGCUAGAGCUCGCUGCUGCUGAAGCUGGCCAGCAACCGGGAUCAGCCGACGGUGUGUUCACCCAGCUGGCACGUGGCCUACGCACGUUUCAGUCGGCAUAUCACGGUAGAGGACUGUUGACUGAACAGGAAGAGGCACAGAGCACAAAAGAAGCGGUUGCUAGCGCAAAGGGCCCAGCGGAUGCAGAUAAGGCUUCAGUCGCGACUACCGAAAUGAGUUCCUAUGCGUUGCCGCAUAGCCAACAGGCAGAAUAUCUGAUGAGUCCCACAUUAUGGCUGGACCAAUUCUUUCUUGACGAUGAAGACCAGUCGUUAUCUGGCCUCUAG